AAGGACCACCUCGCUGAAAAGCUGGUCAUGAUGAGCAAAAAUACCAUGACAACAGGCAUCCCAGCAGGAUAUGACGACGCCUUUGUCGUCAUGCCAUCGGAAUCCAUUCCCUUGCCAAGUUACCACAAUAAAGCCCCCACUAGCGUUGAAGCCAAAGCAGCUGAACCAGAGAAGGAGAAUCAUCCGGUGACCUGCGGCUCAAUUGUGACCAAUUUUGCUGAUUCGACGACAGCGCAUGGAGUCGCCCGUAUCGCCAACGCCUCCUCCUGCUUUGCUAGUUUCCUGUGGUUAGUUAUCCUCUGCGUUGCAUUUGGAGGCUUCUUCUUCCAAGGCACUAACCUGGUUCUCGAUUUCUUCUCUUGGCCCUAUGGUACCACCAUUGAUAUUAUUACAAACACGUCAGUGGAUUUCCCCGCUGUGACGGUGUGCAACAUGAACCGGCUGAGGCGGUCCAAGUUACCAGGAACCCGCUUCGAGGGUGUCAUCGCAAUAGACGGGGGAAUCAGUGGAGGCGAUAAUGACUACUCUUGGUUUUUUGAAUGGUCCUCAGCAGGUGACUUCUACAACCAAUUCGUGAGUGCUUCAGCGGGCGGGGGAAGUUCGGGAGGCGGCGGAGGUAGCUCCGCGGGCGGGGGAAAUAGUUCGUCAGUCGGAGGAGGUAGCUCCGCGGGCGGGGGAAACAGUUCGUCAGUCGGAGGAGGUAGCUCUGUGGGCGGGGGAGGUAGCUCUGCGGGUGGGGGAGGGAGCUCAGCGGGCGGUGGAGGGAGUUCAGCGGCUGGGUCAAGCUAUUCAUAUCCACCAGCAUCCAGUAAUUACUACUACUGGGAAACAGAAUUUGGAGACGACUUCAAUUUUGAGUACGACAACUACUACGAUUUCGGUACCGUGACGGGAGAAAGCGACUGGGAUGGCUUCUUGGCUAAUUCCAAAUCAGAAGAUUUCAGUGAUAUAAUCAAUGUGGCUAAUCCUACCCAAGAUGAGAUGGAUGAACUCGGCCAUCAAGCAGAAGAUUUCAUCCUCCAGUGCACGUUCGACAGGCGUAAAUGCAACUACACCGACUUUUACAAGUUUCAGAACUCGCAUUACGGAAAUUGCUUCACGUUCAAUCACGGUCGCAACGAAACCGUGCGAACAACCAGCAAGUCAGGCUUCCAAUAUGGUCUUCACCUGACAUUGUUCAUCGAGCAGCCAGAGUACGUUGGUUUGUUCUCGCCCGAAUCUGGAGUUCGUGUCUCCAUAAACCAUUGGCAGACUACACCCCAUCCUGAAGACAGUGGUAUCACUGCGACUACUGGACAGGCUACGUCUAUUGCUCUGAGGAAGAAUUUCAUCAAGCGUCUUGGUGGGUGGUACAGCAACUGCACCUACGGAACCGAAACCAAUUUCACCUCAGAUUUCUUUACGUACUCUCCCUUGACGUGCAAGAAGCAGUGUAUGCAGAGAAACCUGAAGGAUCGGUGUGAUUGCGUCACUGACCUUCUGCUGGACGGAGAGAAGUGUAGUUACCUUAACAGCACUCAGCAGCGAUGUAGACAGCUUGUUGAGGCUUUAUACGAAGAAGAUAAACUGGAUUGUCUCUGCCCUGUGGCAUGCGAGGAAAAUGUUUUCAAGACAAGUGCAUCUGUGUCCAUAUGGCCCUCGGAGCGAUAUGAGGAACAUCUCUAUUCACGACUGUCUUCAAAGAAUGCCGUUGCUGCAAGAAUGCUGCAAGAUGUAGAAACAACAAGGAAAAACCUGGCCCGUGUGCGCAUCUACUUUGAGGAGCUGAACUAUCAGAAAGUGGAACAAAUUCCACAGUGGACGAUUGAAAGCAUUCUUGGUGCUGUGGGUGGUUUGAUGGGCUUGUAUGUCGGCAUCUCCUCCAUCACCUUGAUGGAGAUUAUUGUCUUUGUUUUCUCCUUGCUCAAGCAAUGCUGUAAAUCAGUGAUAUGCUUGAAUAAAGUACAACCCUCCAACUAGGACAACAAGAAUUAGGCCUGCAUAUACAUGUAAGCUAGGUUGGGACCAAAACCCAAAUGUGAAAUAACUGUUGUACAUGUACAUGCAUUUUGAAAGUUUGUAAUGGGAUGAAUGCCAAACUUGAGUUUUAUAGUAUCUGAAGAAAAGAAGCACCGCGGCCAAUGAAGUAAUCUCACUCAAAGAACUGUUCAAAAUAAUAGAGAAACUGGCACUGAAACAUUUAAUUCAGACACUGUAAAGUUUUACUGUACCAAAAGGAUUGCACAAGACAAUCAACACCAAGGUUAUUCUGUAAAGACUUUUAAAAGAAUCCCAGAAUGAAGUUUUGGUUUGUAAUUUGAUUUUAAGAUCAACAAAUUUUUCAGAUCCGUAUGUACACAGUGGAUUUGAGGUAACAAGACGGUGAAAACAUUCUUUGAAGGAUUUGAUUACUAUUUCCAAGGAAUCAGCUCAAAUAACUGCACCAAGCUAAUACAUGUAUCCAUCAGCACCAAGUGCAGUCCUGCUUUAUGCAUGGGUAAUUUUGUGGGCUGACCUUACAUGGCUAGUGUGGACUUGUGAAAAAAAAUGCAGGAAGGGAGGACAUUCAGUGGACUUACCCACGUCCACAGGACGUUUCCCCUUCACUGAAAAAGAACUUUAGAGGCAUUUUGGGGUUGGGAUCAUAUGUCGUAAAAGGAAGAGGAAACAUUUUACAAAAAGGCAGCUGAAAAUCGUGUUCCCAGUUCAAGAAAAACAAGAUGAACGUUGUGUUUUGUUGGUAAACAAAUACUGAGCUGUUUCGGGUUUUUGUGUAAAUGCUGGUUGUGUGUUGGAAAGAUAUAGAUGAUUUGUGUGUUUUAUGAAUGAGACCAUAGAUGGUGAGGUUUGUGGCAUGUGUGUGCAUGUUUGCUGCAUUUUCUAUGUGUACAAAGUCUAUGGGGGAAAUUAAAUAUUCAAAAUUCAAUUAAAAGUCACUUGAUAUGACGUCAUCACGAUGUCAUUCAUUUGAUAAAAUAUUUGCUACAGGGUUUUUACUUAGUGUAACUGUGAUGGGCAUUGAACAUCACUAAGUGACCAAAAUAAGGGCUUAGAUCUGUGUACACAGUCAACAAGGAAAAUUAAAUAUUCAAAAUUCAAUUAAAAAUCAUGUGAUGAUGUCAUCAUGACGUCAUUAAUUUUCUGUAAA